UUGGAAUGGUUUCAAUUACCUUCGAAAGUGUCAGAAAGUAUAAUGAAAAGAAAACAAGAGAUGAUGUUAUGAAAAAGACUAAUAGACCGGAAACAUCAGAUUGGUCCUCAACAAUCGGAAAACCGUAUAUAUAUAUAUGUAACAUAAGUUGGUUACCAACAUACAUAACAGAUAUGAUUAUUAAUUUAUUGAUUAGAACAGUUUUCAUUUUGACAAUAUGUAAUAUUGUACAAUCUACAUCAUUCUGUGGUUCACCACCAUCAGUGAAAUUGGAUCAUACAAUACCUUUACAUCCUGAUAAUGUUGAACGACGGGAUACAGCUCCAAGAAGCUUGAAAUUUUAUACACAUUUCACUCCAAAUUUCUACCAAUUGCCAGAUUAUCAUAAAGUCCUUAAAUUUGCAGAACAUGCAAUCAAGUUUUGGGAAGAAGCAUUGACAGUUAAGAAACCUGGAAGUCAAAAACAACUAGCAAAAAGGUAUUGUGAAAGCGGAUACUACUACCAAGUUCACGGGAAUAAUUCUAUAUACUGUCGUCAGUCGAAUUGCCAACGUGAUGUUAUGUGCGGACGUGUGAAAAUUCCAGAUAAAUAUGUCGGGGAAUGUUAUCAAGAACACAAUCACAGAUUAUAUAGAUAUUACAACAAUGGAAGUGGAAUACCAUCUGCUGGUUAUGUUCUACUAGUUGAUGCCAUAAAUACAAAAUCUUGUUCUGGUAGUACAGCAGCACAUGCAUCAUCAUGUUUAAUGGAUGAAGAAACAGAUAGGCCAAUUCUUGGAUAUGUAAAUGUAUGCCCAGGAAAAAUGAAGACUGAAUAUCCUGAAGAUAGAAAUGCUCGUGGAAUUUUCCUUCAUGAAAUAGGUCAUGCUCUUGGAUUUUCAUCAUCCAACUUUCCUUUUAUGCGUUUUCCAAAUGGGACAGCUCGAACUCCCAGGGACGCAACACAUAAGCCAAUUUACAAAGAUCCACAUGGUCAUUAUCUUCCAAGGUGAGGAUUUCAUGUUUCUAUAUAUUCAACAAAUAGAAACUUAGGAUAACUUUAAUACAGAAAUAGAUUGAUUUUAUAGAAAUGUACUAUUUGUUAUUGUGUAGUGAAUGAGAACCUAGGUGAGGACAACCGUUUAUGUAAUUAGCACAAAUUACAAAGUUCCUUGAUAAAAUACAAAAACCAUAUUCUGAUACUCUAUUUGCAAAGUGUUCAUUAAUUG